CUCUUGUUGAGAUCACAAAGGCGUUCAAGCUUCCGCCGGUAGAGUUAAAUAGGAGUACCUUGUAUCAAGGGGGUUGUGGGAUGUUUAGCGAGGAUGAUGGGUCUUUUGGUGUGUUCUAUCUCUCUGGGUUCUCUCUAUAUUCCACACCUCUAUAUCUCGCUGCAAACGGCAAAUCCAACAUCGGUUCGCCAAACUACUGAGGCUAACUUACAUAAGUCUUCGUCCGCCGCCCACCUUUACUACAAAGCUUUAUCUCCACAGUCCUUCGCUACGACCCAGUAGCCAAUCUCACUAUGGGGUAUAUGGUCGCAAGCAAGUGUUUCAUGGCCGGAUUGAAUCACUUCGAAAAGGUGCAAUAUCAAUACUCAGCCUGUGCCCAUCCUCUGCUCAUCCCCAUCUCCAUCCUCGAGCUCAUGCUCGAAAACAAGAUAAUCACGAUCGAAGGCGAGAACCAGGGUUUAACCAUCAUCGAGCGCGAAACGGGAUUCUCGGCAAUGAGUUUGGACGAGCAGAAAGUUAAGAACUGGCAGCCUUUGGUGAGAAAGCUGGGAGAGGUUCAUACAUAUUAUCUGAAUUAUCAGACAGGCGUGAAGACUAUUCAGAUGGCUGCUGGUAGUCAUUUGAAACAUUUGGAUGUUUUUGAUAGGAGCCUCCCAGAGGAAAGGAGGGAGCGAUUGAAGAGCCGGACUUUGAAGCGGGGGGAAAGGUUGGAGUAUCUUUCUAGUGCUGCUGAUCAUGCGGCCGUGUAUUGGAAUAUUCUUAAUCGUCUGCAGGCCCAGCAGUUGGUGGUACGUAUAUACUCGAGUUUUUUAGUUUUUUUGGAGAAUUGACGGCCUGAUCAAAAUGUGUUUUGUGCUAUAGUUAUUCAAUCUUAUCGCUCAAGAAGAUAAUAAAAUCAACACCGACCUCUCAAAAGACACCAAAGAACUGGCUACAGCGAGUAAACACGAUAAACACGAUAAACACGAUAAACACGAUAGCUCUGCGCUGAAAGUUGUCGCUUUCCUACAACCCUAUUUCUACCUGGUACUUUCGUUGCUGUGAGUAACCCUUACCCUCCUACACAAACUACCUUUCCCAGAAAGAAAAAGAAAUCCCCAAAAUAUCUACCUACAUAUUUGCCCUUGUCUACGGCAACUAACAAACUCCCAGACCUUCUUCGCCAUCCCCCUCUUCAACUGGGAAUCCCCCUCGAUUUGGGCCGUCACUACAGAGCACUACUGGUUCUACUGGAUCGUCACGGGACCCUUGACGGCUGUGACUAUGACUGUUGUUCUUUUUUGGGCCAUGAGACAGCGUCCUAGAUAGAGAAGGGGACUUUAAAGACGAGAAAAAGGAGUGCAGGUUUGGAGUUGGGGAGGAUAGGUAUGGGAAGAGGAAAGAGUGGUAUGGCAGGAAAUGCUAAUAUUUGUCGAGGGACAGGGGGGGAAUGGGGGUUUACCCUUGAAGGGUUAUAGAGUGGAAUUGGUCAAUUGGGGAUUAUGCGAAGAGCGAGUUUAUAAAUGUAAGUGGUCACUAA